AAAUAUAUGCAUUAUUUGAAUUGUGACAUGCUAACCCUCUGUCCAACACCUUAGUAAAAACAAAAUUACAUUUAAAAAAUUAAGAGAUCCGCGUUUGGAAAGGUAAUACUUGCCUUAUUGGGCAUAUUUUCGUAACAAGAUUACUUGCGGAUUUUUUUUUUUUUGAGAAAUAAAAGGACUGUAAUUCACAACCCCUCCUGAGAGAAAUACACAAUCCAGGCUAGGAGACUGUCUUAGAAAAACGCUCAUUUCACCCUCUAGACUUUUCAGAGCGUCCCUAAGUGUGCAGCUCGGAGGCUUAUGGGAAAUGUAGUUCCGCGGCCGGCAGGACGCCGCAGCGAGGACCCUGGGCGCGCCAGCCCAGACAUCUGCGCAUGUGCGGCGCGCCGAGCGGCGCCCGCCCUCCCCCCCCCACCCCGGGCCGCGAGUGGGUGACAGGACCCCUCGUCCCCACGUCUUCGCCGCCCCGCGCCGUGGCCCGAAGCCACGGAGCCACGAGCCGAGGCUCUGCCCUUCCAGUUCUGUCUUCGUAGUUCUCUGUCUUUACGUCAGAAAUGAACAAAAUGAGCAAAUCCCAGGGCUCGGUUUCGUUCACGGAUGUCACUGUGGACUUCAGCCAGGAGGAGUGGGAGCGCCUGGAGCCCUCCCAGAGGAUCCUCUACAUGGACGUGAUGUUGGAGAACUACAGCAACUUGCUGUCAGUGGAAGUGUGGAAGGCCGAUGACCAGAUGGAGAGGGACCCCAAAACCCCAGACGAGCAGGCAAGGCAGUUUCUAAUUCUCAAGAACCAAACCCCAGUCGAAGAAAGAGGUCACCUCUUUGCAAAAACCUUUCAUCUGAACACUGACUACGUUUCUUUGAGACAAGUGCCCUAUAAGUACAGUGGCUGUGAAAAGACUCUGACGUGUCGUUCGGACGCGCUCGGUGACAGAAGCUAUGCAAGGAAGGAGGGCGACGAGGGCAGCGGGUUUGGAAAACCGCUCCUCCGUCUGAAGCAAGAGAAGCCCCAGGCCGCGGCGGGCUACCCCGAGUAUAACAAAAGCCCCAAAGCCCUCGGCCCUAAGGAAGUGAUUUUUAAGCAUCAGAAAAUGAAAACCAUGGUUCAGCCUUUCGUGUGCAACUACUGUGACAAGGCCUUCUCGUUUAAGUCGCUCCUCGUGAGCCAUAAGAGAAUCCACACGGGCGAGAAGCCGUACGAGUGCAACGUGUGUCAGAAGACCUUCUCCCACAAGGCGAACCUCAUCAAGCACCAGCGGAUCCACACCGGGGAGAAGCCCUUCGAGUGCCCCGAGUGUGGAAAGGCCUUCACACACCAGUCCAACCUCAUCGUGCACCAGCGGGCGCACAUGGACAAGAAGCCCUACGGGUGCGGCGAGUGCGGCAAGACGUUCGCACAGAAGUUCGAGCUCACCACGCACCAGAGGAUUCACACCGGAGAGCGGCCCUACGAGUGCAGCGAGUGUGCAAAGACCUUCUUCAAGAAGUCCAACCUCAUCAUCCAUCAGAAAAUCCACACCGGGGAGAAGCGCUACGAGUGCAGCGAGUGCGGCAAGUCUUUCAUCCAGAACUCGCAGCUCAUCAUCCACAUGCGAACUCACACCGGGGAGAAGCCGUACGAGUGCAGCGAGUGCGGCAAGACCUUCAGCCAGCGGUCCACGCUGCGGCUGCACCUGCGCAUCCACACCGGGGAGAAGCCCUACGAGUGCGCCGACUGCGGCAAGGCCUUCAGCCGGAAGUCCCGCCUCAGCGUCCACCAGCGGCUCCACUCGGCCGGCAGGCCCUGAGCCGCAGCCCGGGGCCCUCACCCCAGCGCCCAUCGCGGGAGGGGCCCGAGGAUCGCCGGAGCUCCUGCUGGCAGGCAGUCUCCACGGGGAAGUCGGGAGGCCGGGACCGUGGAGAACGCGGUUCUGGGCUGAGAGACGCCUGUCACAGCACAUCCGGUGGCUUUCGGAAUUGUCCUGUGCAGUGCUGGGGACUGAAACCAGGUCCCUGGGUGGGCUCCGCCACCAAGCUGCACCCAGUCCCCGAGAAAUAGCGCAAGCAUAGACAGACAGUACCCUACACGUUUAUUUUAGUUUAUGUUUUUGCCAAUCCUGGGGCUUGAACCCAGGGCCUGGACACUGCCUUCGAGCGUCUUUUGCUCAUGGUGCGCAUUCUACCACUUGAGUCACAGCGCCACUUCCGGCUUUUUUGAG